GAAUUGUUGCUGGUAUGCUGUCAUGUGACUCAUCCGGAAGUAGUUCGGGAGGAGGAAGUAGAAGAGAGUUCUUGUUUUUGCGAAUGCAGAUUACUCGGAUACCAGAGUUGCAUUAUUCUAACGGUGAAUAUUGGCAGAUCUUCGAGGACUAAAUCCAUCAACAGAGUAUCUGUGCAUACACAAUGUGGAAAGCUGCUGCUGGUACUAACAUAAGUGUAAAACCCGUCGCUACCGAAGAUGAUGACUGGGAAACUGAUCCAGAUUUUGUGAAUGAUGUCAGUGAACAAGAACAGAGAUGGGGCUCUAAGACUGUGGAAGGCUCUGGACACCAAGCAUCUUUAGACUUAAAGUCUUUAAGACAAGAUGUCAAGCAAGAUGACAAGACGACAAAACAGAGUGAAUUUGAAAAAGGGCCGAAAGCAUCGUAUGGUUAUGGAGGAAAAUAUGGUGUUCAGAAAGACAGAAUGGAUCAGUCUGCCGUGGGCCAUGAUUAUCAGGAGAAGUUAUCGAAGCAUGCCAGUCAGACUGAUGCUGCCAAAGGUUUUGGAGGGAAAUAUGGUGUACAGACUGACAGAAAGGACAAAGCUGCAGAGGGCUAUGAUUAUAAAGGGAAAGUUGAGAAACAUGCUUCUCAGACAGACUACAGUCAAGGAUUCGGUGGAAAGUAUGGCAUUCAGAAAGACCGCGUCGACAAAUCGGCUGUAGGCUGGGAGCAUAAGGAGGUAGUGGACAAACACGAGUCACAGAAAGAUUACAGUAAAGGGUUCGGAGGUAAAUACGGUGUACAGACGGACAGACAAGAUAAAUCUGCACUUGGCUACGAUUACAAAGAGAAGGUGGAGAAACAUGCCUCACAGAAAGAUUACAGCCACGGAUUUGGUGGAAAGUUUGGCGUCGAGACGGAUCGAGUGGACAAGUCGGCUGUCGGUUAUGAACACAAAGAGAAGAUUGAUAAACAUGAAUCACAGAAAGAUUAUGCAAAAGGUUUUGGUGGUAAGUUUGGUGUUCAAGAUGCGACCGAUACAUCCGCACUGGGUUACGACAGUAUGGGCAAGACAGAACUACACCCGUCACAAGUGGAUGCCAAAAAAGGAUUUGGAGGGAAGUUUGGAGUAGAGAAAGACAAGUUUGAUAAGAAUGCAGGACGUUUCGAAGAUAUGCAAGGUGUUUCAUCAAGUUAUGAGAAGACAAAGCCAGCCGCCAGUUCAAGUGGAGCCAAGAGUCUUAAGAGUAGGUUUGAAAAUAUGGCGAAGGAUGCUGAGGAAGAAAACCGGAAACGGGCAGAAGAAGAACGAUCAAGGAGAGAGGCUCGUGAGAAAAAGGAACAAGAAAAACAGAAGAAGCACGAAGAGGAGAGAAUUAAUAAAGAGAGAUGGCAGGAGAAGGAAGCCAAAGAUGUGUAUGAGGAGGAAAAUGUGUAUGAAGAGGAGCCCGAAUCAGAGGCUGUUGAAAUGCAAAGUAAGUUGGAGGCGAAACCCGCGAGUCCUGCCGAGGAAACGGAGAUAUAUGAUGAUUCGGAGAGUCUCGUUGAAGGAAAACCCACGAGUCCGAUAGCCAAGCAACCCGAGCCUGAGUCUGUGUACGAGUUCGACCAAGUGGAAGAUGAAGCUGUAUACAACACUGCUGACGAUGUGGAGCCUGAGAACACCUCCAGCGUGGACACCUCAUCAGGCAUGACGGCCGUCGCGCUCUACGACUACCAGGCUGAUGAUGAAGAUGAAAUUUCUUUUGAUCCUGAUGAUAUAAUAACAAACAUUGAAAAGAUUGAUGAGGGCUGGUGGAAAGGGCAGUGUCACGGCAAGACUGGACUUUUCCCGGCUAAUUACGUCGAGAUGAAGGAAUGAAUGGAAGUUUGCGAGAGCUCUGAGCCAACAGCUCCCGAGUUGGACAGUAUGAUCUUCACAACAUUCUAGCUGCGCAGUAUUCCAUGUGUAAAUGACCGUUAUGAAAGACAGACAGAACUGUUGACGUUGAUCAGAGAUCAAGAUUCUGCCCUUUUUGUAUCUUCCUACAAUUCACUGAUCUGUCUACAACAGGACUAAUAAACUUUUGUAUGUUACUCUUACAAAGUAAUGAUACAGACCCUUAUGAACUUCAUCGGUUGUUCCAUUCAUACUGGGACAGCUUAGCUACGCAUGUUAUUUUGCUUGUUAUUAGUCAUAUAUUGCACCAUUUGGCGAUAACAAAACAGUACAUGUUUUACUGCUAGAGAAUUUAAUAUUUAGUGGAUUUUUGUUUUCAAAAGCUACAAAAAAUUCUAUCUUCAGUGAAUUUGCUUACAAGUUAUAGAACAGUAUGACAGUAGAUGAGCAUUCUUUUUUUUUUUUUUACAAAUAACAGUUAUUAGAACUACAAACAAACUUUCUCAAUAAUUGUAAGUUAUAAACUUUGUUUGCUGGUAUACAUCAUUGGUUGUACUGUGUCAAGUUUGGUUAUACUCCUGCAGAUUUCCAUUCCUAUUAGCUACAGAAUAAUUGAUAAAACUGUACAAUAUAUUGACUAUAGACUGGUGUAACCAUUAAUGUACGUUGACAAAUCUAUUUUGGAUACUAUUGAGCUUUAUUGUAAUACAUGUAUCUUGUCUUCCUGUUAUCGUGAGAGGUGGGUUACAGUGGUGACUUAGUGUUUUGCUCAUUACCACUUUAUUGUUAAGACUCCUACAAAUUUGAAAAUAGAUUGUCUUUAAAACUGAUAUUAUAGCUUUGACCCUGCUGGACAGUGUUGAAUGAUGGGUUCAUAGGAACUGUGUGCAGGCUGAUACUCUUAUUUUGUAGCGUUUUCUCUACCAUUUGUUACAGUAUUAAUGUGUAAUUUGGUCCUAUUACACCGUUCUGUAUUGUAUUCCUAAACAACCAUUUAAGAAAAGACUGAGAUUUAUAUCAACAUUUGUUGCAAGAUUUUAGAUUAAAGAUAUCCAAUUGGUUGCUUUAUGAUGAGACCAAACUGUCCAAUGAUAACAACACUAUUGAUGGCAAUUAUCAACUAUGAUGUGCAAAUUACUGGGAAAGCACAAAAAGGUUUUAGUCUGAAUUAUUUUUUGUAUUAAUUUUUUUUUUAACUUGUUUUUUUUUUUAAAUAUAUAAUAAAUAGAAUACUACAAUUAAUGUGUAUUAAAUGUCAUUUAUUUUAUAACUCUUCAUUUUAUAAUGUAUUCAACUCACUUUUGCAUGUUUUGAAACAAUUCAUUAAUAUAAGUCUUAUCUAAUGGCAACUCACAUAGUAUGUUGUUACAUAAAUUAUGCAUUUAAAAAGCAGAAAGAGAUGGGUUGUGUCUGUCCGAGAAACUGAAGUAAAACUGGUGAUGAGCAAACUUCGUCUCCACCAGUCUGUUACUAUUUUACUGAAGUAAUGGAUGGCAGUGUUUGAAAUACAAUAUUAUCAAUAGUAAACAACAAUUUAAAGCAUUUAACCCAAGUUCCAGAGAUGUGAACCAUCAUCCUUUUGAGCUAUUGCAGACAAAAGUACAACCAGAAACAUAAUUUACCAAAUUUUCAUAAUUUAAGCAAGAUGUAAGAAAUAUGUACAUUGACGGUAAAAAAGCUGCAAUAACCUAAAACAUUGUAAACUGACUUGGGUCAUUGGCUUUUAAAGUUUAUAAAUGAAUAAUCUUAAUUACUGUAUAUCUUUGUAUAUAAAACAGAUUUUCAAAGGAUAAUGAAACAAUCUUUUUAUAUUUGUUAUUCUUUGUUGUGCAGGAUGUUUUGGUCACAUUUGUGCUAGCAAUAGAUUUGUCAGUUGUAAUGUCGAGUCACUGAUGCAUGGUUAUUAAAGUAUUUUCGUGGAGACAGUGACAAAAUAUGCUUUUAUGUACAAAUUGUUAUAUAUUUUUAUAUAUCUGUAGGUGAUUUAUGAAAUUUUUUAUAUCAUAACAUAAUGCAGAUUUUUGAUAUUAUAUUACCAAAGUAUGAAUUCUGAAUAAGUAAUUAUUCUAUUAAAAAUAUUUAGUCAGUUACUCAUGUCAAAAUAAUGCAGGACAUUUUAUUUUAUUUUAUAAAGAAUUCAUUCAAGCGAACUCGAGCAUUUUUUUCCUUCUCUUAUUUAAAUGUUUUAACUAAAACUUUAUUAUUUGGCAGUGUGUGUACCAGGUAGUCAUAAUGGGAAUAGUUUGCAUAGUUCAGGCAUUGUAUUUUUAAGUUUUUUGGAACACAAGUUUUUCUAAGAAACUACAAAACUAGAUGUACUGAACUAAUUAUCAGUUCAAAGGCUCUGGUAUGUGCUGCUCUGAAUUUUACAAUAUCUGUGGAUGUUUAACUAUGUUAUGCUGUGCAGUAAUCAAGUUGUUUACAUUAGAAAAAGUGAUUCUUCAGUCAACUUCCAGACUGGUUUAUGUCCAGUUCUGACAGUACGAGAACAGUCAAAACUCUCCAUACUAUUGGUAUAUUUGUGAGUGUACAUAUCUUAAUAUAUAUUCAUACAUGAUAAAAACUAUGCAAAAAUAAACAAAUAAAUAUACUACAAAAAGAA